ACAACUGAAUACGCCUAGCCUUUAAAAUGGGUACUGAAACGCGCAUUUUCUUCCUCGUCACCGCAAGAGGAAAAUUAUUUUCUUUUUUCUUUUAAAGAGGCCUUAAUGAAUUCCAGAUGAGGAAACCCCUCUUCAAACCACCGCGUUCUGGCAGAUCUCACGAUUUGCAUAGUUGUAGACGCUGAAGACGAGGGGGAGGAAGAAAAAAAGGCAUUGCCACUUUAAAUGACUCAGGAAGUUUAAAAAAACAAAACAGGCAGGCCUGCGCUUCAGAAGUGAAACUACUGCUUUUGCUGCAGAAGAAAGGGGGGUAGGGAACCAGGCGAACUCCUGGAGGGUGGGGGUGUUAGAUCCUAGCCCAUGAUGGAACGACUUGGCAGCUCAGACAGGAAAGAAAUAAGGACAAAAAAGUAGCCUGGACGGAGAGGCAAACGAAAGCAUAACGGGCAACUCAGUCCAGAGUAAAACUCCCGAAGCUUGGAAAACUGUAAUCUGAGGAGAGAUCGGCUUCCCAGGGCCAGGGUCAGCCCGGGAGUUAUUUUCUUCCUUCCCCAUCCCCUUCCAGUGGAGAGAGUCGCCCAAGCAAGUGAAGACACAAGCAGGCCUUGCCUAGGAUCAGGCUGGAAAUGGCUUCUGCAAAGAGCGAGAGUGGGGAGGAAUGUCUCCAAGAUGGCACCUGCGAUGUCUGUGAGCCCGAUGAAGCGCCGAGCGCCGUGCAGGUCUGCGAGGACUGUGGCUUUUCCUUCUGCCAGUUUCACGCCGAGGAGCACAGCCAGAAGUACGGGGCCCAUCGGACGACUGGCUUUGUCGCUCCGGAGAGGGGCAGGGAGGUGGCGAUCCAGGAAGGGUCGGAGCAGGCCCCCAAAGAAGAGGAGAAGGAGGCUAGCAAAGUGGAGUGGAAGAAGUGUGAGGAGCACGGCGAAGAUCUCAGCUUGUACUGCAAAGAGCACGAGAGAAUUAUCUGUGUGCUGUGUGCGGUGUCGGGCUCUCACCAGCAGCAUGAGAUCAUCACGCUGAAUGACGCCUACGAAUCCAUCAGGAACAGAGAACGUGUGGACCUGAAGGUGGCCAUGCUAGAGAUGGUGGAAAGGUUAAAGUUCAAGUGCGCAGACCCCAAAGUAAGUUAA